CAAUGCGAGGCGAAAUACUCCCAUCUGCAUAACGACCCGAAAGCUUGCAUGUAACAUAUCUAUUAAAAAAUAUUUAUAACUGUUUAAACUAACAAAUUUACUUGUUUUAUGCUCAAUUGAAGAUGUCUCUUCAUGGUUCUUAGUAUUACAGAUGGAAAGUUUCAAAACAACCAUCAAUGAUCAACUUUGGCAAUCAAUUCUACAAAAACAGGCAAAUUAAAAAAUGGAAAGUGUUCUGCAAAACAGCUGAUGGUCAUUUUAUGAUCCCCUUUUAUUCCGCGUUCUAUUUUCUGUUUAUCUCUAUUUUCGUGUUUGAUGAAUUAUUUUGCUUAACUUUACAAUAUGUGAAUUUUUGUUUUUAAUAAAUACACGCAGCGUUGAGAACUAAAAUCGUUAAAAUUAUAUUCGAGAAAUAAGUGGUAUUAAAAUAUAAAUGAAUCGAGAACUCGUUGAAAACAUUUUGACCGUGCUUAAAACUUCCACGGACAAAAAUGUAGUUAUCAAGGGUCUGGUAAAGCUACGAACAGACGUAGUAAAGGACAAUGACGGGAUUGUACUGUUCCGAGUAGCAGGAGGUGUGCCACCUAUGGUACGAUUUUUAAAUAAACCACAUGAAAAAAUUCUGGAAGUAGCCUUGAGUAUACUUGGAAACUGUUGUACUGAUGAAGAAAGUUGUAAAGAAGCUCUUAACUGCAAGGUGGCUUUUCCGCUCACAACUAUAUUGAAAUCAAUUCCCAAUCCAGUUAUACAAUGUCGUGCUUGCCGCUUACUUGGAAAUCUCGCCAAAGGAUUUUCGAGUCAAUUGCUUACUGCUCAUUGUCCCGCCAUUGCUCAGGCCGUUUGUCAAAUAAUUACAGAAACGAGCGAUGUAAAUACACGUCUUAUGGCUUUUCGGGCCUGUCGGUUCUUGUUACCAAGUCAACAAUUUGUGCAGCACUUUCUUGCAGCGAAUGGUUUCGUAACAACAUUGCGUAUUUUAACGUCUAUCAUGAAAAAAGAUACUCCUACACAACAGGGUGAAUUGUUAAAUUGUAAAAGAGCUGAUAGUGGUGCUGUCGGCUUAAAGAACAGCCAACAUCGUGAAAAAUAUUUUGAAGAGGUAGCGCGUAAUUUAGAAGGUGUACGUAGUGACAUAUUCGAUCAUGAAAUGUUGAAAAACCAACCACGCGCUCUAGGUGAUUACUCAAUGCCUGAGGAAAAAGCCGCUUUGGAUUUAGCUGGCGAAAUAUUUAAAUGCUUGCUUGUUUUGGCAGAGCUAUCCAUUGGUCCUUCUGCGUGGAAAACUUUAAAUACCAGUGGAUGUACUUUUGCACCUAUUACAUUUUUUAUUACUGAAGAAAAUCCACAACGGGGAAUGGCUUUGAAAAUAAUUUCAAAUUUCUCAAAGCAAUGGGAUGCAUUUCAUAUGCUAAGUUCAGCAGAUUCGGUUGUAGCCGCUUGCGAGCUGCUUGUUGCACAAAAUAUGACAAGACCUUUAACAGAGAGUGAGAAAAGACAUUGUAUUCAUAUUAUCUGUAUGCUCUCUCCAGAUGCUUGCAAUCGCUCCAAAAUACGUCGGUCCGGUGCUUUGCGGAAACUUAUCGCAAUGGUGCGCGAUUCCCAGUCGAAUACGGAAAAGUCUCAGAUUUUGUAUUUACUGAACAAUUUUCAAUAUGAUAAUAUGAGCAUGGACCUAAUGCUCAGAGAAGGCCUGGUACCGGUCAUUAUAGAAGAACUGAACACUUUUCUAACCAGCGAUGAUGAAUAUCACAAGAAAAAACGUGAAGAAAAGCAACAAAGCUCUAAGAAACGUAAACUACCUAAGGAAGAAAGUAGAGAAACAAGGAACAAGGUGAUUAAGGUCCAGGAUAAGACAUUCCUGAUUGAUUGUGAGUCUCCCAGUAGUUCACCACGCUCAUAUAAUGCCCCUUCCAGCCCGUGUAGCUCUCGAGGCAUGUCACCGGUUGGUAACAAUUUAUUUAAAACUGAAGAAGAUGCAUCCGACGAUGAAACUUAUUCACCUGUUUGUAGCGAUGAGGAAGAUGACGAAGAGACGAUACCAACUGAAAUAAAUGAGACAAGGCCAUUAAAUGUUAUAACUCUUGAUAACCCUAAUUUUCCUAUAAAUCCCAAUACCUCUACAGAUAAUUCGGAAAUAAUGAGGUUGCUAGAUAUUGCCAGUCAAAUAAAUGAGACAAUUGAAGACAACAUGCUUGAUAAAGAAGAAGACGAUGAACAGAGUCAAGAUGUACCAUAUCAGAAGCUCCCACAAUUAGGAAACAUGCCUCGAAGUACCUUGGAUCACUUGGAAAAUCUACUCUUUCGCGUUACACUGCUAGUCAACAAGCGGGGCGAGUUAGGAAAAUCGAAAACCAUGAACACGCUCAUCAAAGCCAUCAAUGUCUUUGGUGCAAAUAAUAAUUUUGCUAGCUCCUUAACAAAUAUUUUGCAGGAAAGCCAGUUCUUUGCCCAGGUCAUACGAAGUGGCAUUGCGCACCAACUUUACCAGUUGACAAAGAGUGAAGAGGUUAAUAAGGACGGAUUUGGGUUUUUGGUGACCCUAACAUGUGUUGGCGAAUCUAAUUAUGGGAAAGAAGAGCUGGCGCGCUUUUUACGCAGUGAUGAUGAAUAUGCACAGAAACGGGCUGCCAUCACCGUUGCAUACAUAAUUAGAAGUCAACGCUUACUGUAUCAGUUCCUAAAUGAUGGUAAUGCUCUCAGCCUUUUGUUACAAAUUAUUUUAAAUGGCAAACAUGAUGAGUUUACUGCCGAAGCAGUCGAUGCAUUAACCGCGAUGGCAAAAUAUACUCUUGGCAUUUCAGUGCCUCGCAGUAAUGAGGCUGCGCGUGUCAACGAAAGAUAUGAAGAGUUCGUUGACAACGAAAAUGAGCCCUUGCACGGUAAUUGUGAUAUGCGUUUUGUGGUGCACAUACAUAACCCCAAAUCGGAGCCGAGCAAGGAGCAACUCGUUUCAACUGUUUGUGAUGUUGAGCAGAUAGUCGAAUUUAAUAAGGAGCUACUAUGCAAUACCAGCGAAGUAUUUAGCACUAUGUUGAAUAGUGAUUUCAGAGAACGAAAUGAAGGUGAAAUUCAUUUACGUACAUGUUCGGUGAGUGGUUUGCGCUACUUCCUCAACUUGAUUGUUCGACGUUCGCAAAAAUUAAAAUACAAUGUACCCAAUAGAGCUGAUUAUAAUGCCAUACUUGAAGCUUUCGAAAUGGCACGUGUCUACAUAAUAAGCGAAAUGGAAACAUUUUUACAACAAAUGCUGGUCGGUUUGUUGGAUGACACGAAUUGCUUAAGUGUAUUGGAGUGGUCACUUCGCAACUACCAUGCAGAACUAACCGAAACUGUUAUUAACUACUAUUUGUGCUCAACUCUGACCACAGAAGCCAAAGUUAAGUUAUUUCACACCGCCGAUUACUCGGAAUUCUCCACUGAGUGGUUUGAAAUGAUUAUCGAAACAAUUUUAACACGCUGCCGAAAUGGAUUUGAAUGGAAAUAAUAUAUUUGUUGUACAAUUUAGUUUAACUCAACUAAUAUAUGUAUUUCUAAUACACAAAUCUUCACUGUAAAGAGAUAAUAACAGUGGUAAUCGAAAUGGACCUUUCAAUUUUUAACGCAAGUACUUGAGCCAGGAAAAUAAGAACUGAAUUAUCCAAUAAGAAACAAAUGAAGUGAUCAAUCCUAUGUUAAUUCAAAUAUUGUCUUUUACAAAACACUCUUUAAUUCAAAUUAAUUAUGUUUGGUAUAUAUAUUUAAGAAUCAGGAUGGGAAACUGGAUAUAUAUAUUGUAGAGCAUUUUGAAACGUCCGAAAUGCGAAUCAGUCUGUUAAAAUUUUCUUGUUAUUUAAUGACAAAUCGGGUGAAACUCGCACCUGAACUUAAUACCUAAAAACCGUAGUCGUUUUAAACUAUAUCAAUACACACGGGAAACAAAAAACGUCCUCAGAGAAAUGUUUAGGUAAUUUUCCGUAAUAAACAAAAAAAAAAACGUACUGUAUUUUAUACAAGAAAACUAAAUAUUCGAUUUCAUUAACAAAGUCACUAUAAUACUCAAUAAAAUAUACACAUUGGAUGUGCUGAAAAA